AUGCCAUCAACGAAGCGGUGCCGUGAUUUCAUGUGUCGGAGCAGGAUUAGCUGCUACAACAUGAACCGGUUCACAGCCCGUGGCAUGAUUUCCUCGCUUGGAUUCUGUCCUGUGCCUGCAGAGCACUCGGACCUUAUGUCCCAGAACUGCGACUGGGUUUGCAAGCGUGGCGAACCGACCAUCCGCUGCAAGUACGACUUUGACCGUUCUGGCAGAUUUGGGAUACAGUCAAGACUCGAAACUUGCUGGGUCCAGGAGAGGUGUGUCAGUGGGCAAACUCAAACGUUGACGACCGUGUGCAAGCCUGAUGGCCGAGCGAGCCAAUCUCCACGCGCUAACGUGCUCGGAUUUGCGAGUUUGCUGGUGACGGGCCCAGCUCGCUUUGCAGCACAGUCCGGGGUGGAGCGUGCUUUGGGAAGCGCGCUGGCGCAGUUGGUUGCCGCUUCCGAGACACACGUCACUGUGGAGAUUCGCAGCAAUGGCACAUGGCAGCGCAACAUGCUGGAGAACACGACACAAGCUUUGCAUGCGAUGUUCAACAUCUCCGUGGUUGGCAAUGCGAGCUCCGACCCCCUGCAGAGUGCGAUUGCCACCAAAGUGAUCAUGGAACAGGCCAACAGCAGUCAAAUCACCCAAGCCAUGAACUCAGCACUCGUGGCACGAGGUUUGGAGGCCUCCGUUCAAGCAGCGGAUCUGACGGUAAGUCCGGGCCUGCAGAACUUGACCGUUCAAGGGCCCUCACGGCAGGAGUUCUAUGCGCUUGUCGCACUCCUGCGGAAAUACAAAGACUACCUGAAUGAGGUCCACGCGGACCUCCAAGAGGCCCAAUCUGAGAUGAGCCUUCAGAACCUCUCAAGGGAAGAGUUCGCGAGCAUCAAGGCCAAGCACAUCUCCGCUCAGCAGCAUAUGUCCGAGAUCAUAUCGUCACAUGCUGAGCUUUCCUCGGAGAUCGAGAAUGCCAUCGCGAGGCGGAACUUGACGAAGCAUGCGCUGGCGGUUGCACAAUCGGCGGCGCAGUCCGCCGCUGCGGAGUUGCUCCGGACACAAGCGAACUUGUCGUCGUCGCAGGCUGAUCUUGCAGCGCUGAAACAAAAGCAAGUGGCGGCUGAGAAAGACCUUCUGAGCGCCUUGGCCGUGAAGGAAAGCUUGAACAAGCAGCUGAAGGAGAACACCACCAGGCUUGGCAGUUCUCUCGAGGCUGUUUACGAGGAUCUCAAGUACAUGCGGAAGCUGUUGGUGGAAGCCCGGCAGGCGAACCAGAGCAACUACAAGGAGCUGGAAGACUUGGAGGGAGACCUCCUUGAGGAGCAGGCCAAUCACAACGUCACAAAGUUCGCUUUGGCCCUAGAGCGCGAAGACCACGACAUGACAAAGGACGAGCUGGAAGAGAUGACAGCAGAGCAUUCGCAGAAUUUGUGGCAGCUCCGCCUUGAAAAGCAGCAGCACCGGGAAACCAAACAGGACCUUCAUGAAGAGGCGCUCCUCCACCUACGGACAAAGGCGGAGUUGGAAGAGGUGAGCAAGACUGCCUCCACGAUGACCUUGACCUUCGUUCUUGUGACAUCUUGCAUGUCGCUUCUGCUGGUUGUUCUCGCGGCAGCGUUCCUUGUGACCUUUUUUCGCAAGCGAAGCAUCGAACGUCUUGCAGUCGUGGCCAACGGCAGUACAGGCGACAACAACAUUGUGGUAGGCCGCCCAGUGGAGCCGACCUCCAGAGCUGCCUGGGUCAAGACGGUCGAAAUCGGCACAAAGCCGGGUCCCACUCUGCUGAGCUGCUUGGGGAGCCCGAUGAAGCACCCAAAGAGCAUCGGGGGCGCAUCCAGCGCUUGA